CGCCACGCCACCCCACCCACCCGAGCGCGCAGACGGCGCCCUCAGCCCCCCGCGCGCGGCGCGCGUCUCAGCAUCCUCCCGCAUCGCCGCGCUCCCGCACGCGUGAGUGAGCGCGCGGAAUGGCGGAUAGAGACAAGCGAAAGCCCCCAGCAUCACCCGGCUCUCCCUUCCGCGGCUUGAGCAUCGUGUCUCCCCCGCACUUCAGGCUGACCCAUGAUAUCAGUCUGGAUGAAUUUGAGGAUGAAGACCUGUCGGAGAUUACGGAAAUCACCGACGAGUGCGGCAUGAGCCUCAACUGCAACAAUGUGGAUAUCAGGGGCCAUGUGACGCGCGAGUCCAAUAGCGGCGCAGGGAAGGUGGACCGGAGCGCAGCCAGCAAGCUGCAGGCGGAGAUGCUUCACUUAGACUUGAUCGAUGCUGUGGGUGAGAUUCAGGACGAGGAAGCUGCACUGCCCUCCACAGAGCCCCCAGCCCAGGAAAGUGCUCCUGUCACCAUGGAUACCUACCGCCCCAAGAGACCCACCACGCUUAACCUCUUCCCUCAGGUGCCUCGGACACAGGAUACGCUGAACAACAACUCGUUCGGGAAGAAGUACAGCUGGCAAGAGAAGGUGUCACGUUCCUCCUCUCCUCUUAAGACAGGUGAGUUGACUCCUCCUCAUGACCACAUUUGCCUGAGCGACGAGGACAAAGUACAACACGGCAGCAGCGCCCAGACCAAAGACAAAGGCACCUCCACAGACGCCCUCUGUCCUAGGACCUCCAGCCAGAGCGGCGGGGGCGCACACUCCAAGCUACCGGACAGGCCCCCCCCCCAGCCGCCCACGCAGGGGGGCAAGGGUGGGGCGGUGGGGGAGGGCCACCGCGAACGGAUCCGCUACCACACGGACGUGCGCCUGGAGCCCACUGAGGAGAUAUACCUGACCCCGGUGCAGAAGAACUCGGACCCCAUCGAGCAGGAAAGGGCCUUCGCGUCGCAGCCGAGCGAGAACAACCGCAUGUCAAUCAGCUCAGACGCCGAAGGGCCCCCACCCUACCAGCCCCUCCCCGAUCGGACAAACCCUUCCAUCAGCGAGGAGGAUGAGGUGUACCAGCCUGCCUCCUCCUCCUCCACUGCCACCACCUCCCGGGACCUUUCCUUGCAGGGGGCUGCUGAAAGAGGGGCGGCAGUGGCUAUUAAGGGACAGAUGGGGACUCUCCAAGAGCAGGGGGCAGAUGCAGUGCCACGGACUUCCAUCAGCUCGGAGGCCAGCGGCCUUUCCUAUGACUCGGUGAAGUACACCCUGGUGGUGGACGAGCACGCGCAGCUGGAGUUGGUCAGCUUGCGCCAGUGCUAUCAAGGCUAUAGCGAUGACAGCGACUCGGCCACCGUCUACGACAACUGCGUCUCAUCGCCCUAUGAGUCAGCUGUCGGGGAGGAGUAUGAGGAAGAGGAGGAAGAGAACAGCCUGAGGCGGGAUGCUGCCUGCCUGUCGGAGGACUCCACCCCCGAGGCCGACUUACCCUUCUCUCGCAAAUUCCUCAAUGUCUUCAUGAACGGCCGAUCGCGCUCUUCCAGUGCAGAGUCCUUUGGCCUCUUCUCAUGUGUUAUCAAUGGAGAGGAGCGGGACCAGAGUCACAGGGCAGUGUUCAGGUUUAUCCCACGCCAUGGAGAUGAGCUAGAGCUGGAAGUGGAUGAUCCACUGCUGGUAGAAGUACAGGCUGAGGACUACUGGUAUGAGGGCUACAAUAUGCGUACUGGUUCCCGUGGCAUCUUCCCUGCCUACUACGCCAUUGAGGUCGCCAAGGAGCCUGAGAACCUAAGAGCAGAAAGAAGCAGUGACUGGGUGGACAAAUACAGAGUAAAAUUCCUAGGCUCCGUUCAAGUGCCAUACCACAAAGGGAACGAUGUCCUCUGUGCUGCGAUGCAGAAGAUUGCCACCAAUAGAAGAAUGACCGUGCAGUUCAACCCACCCUCCACCUGCAUACUGGAGAUCAACCUGAAAGGGGUAAAAAUAGUGGUGCAAGAUGACUACAGUGCUCUUGAUAGAGGAACUAAAUGCAGUCACUUUUUCCAGCUUAAGAACAUAUCCUUCUGUGGAUAUCAUCCGAAGAAUAACAAGUAUUUUGGGUUCAUCACAAAGCACCCAGUGGAUCAGAGGUUUGCCUGUCAUGUCUUUGUGUCUGAAGACUCCACCAAGGCCUUGGCAGAGUCUGUAGGGAGGGCCUUCCAGCAGUUCUACAAGGAGUACGUGGAGUACACAUGUCCUACAGAAGACAUCUACUUGGAGUAGCCAGCUCUCUGUGCCCUACAGCCUUGUAUAUUAUUGUGUGUCAUAACUUGUUGCAUGACAGAUUCAAAAGAAAACCCACUAAGUUUGAGAGAGAGGGAGAGAGAGAGAGAGAACGAGAGAGAAGGGGACAUCUGAUUUUUGGGCCCGAAACAUAUUUUGGAUAAAGGUAAAGUAGACAGUGGAAUGUUGGAGGGGUUUGACUGUGCAGUAAUAUACAACUGAACUAUAUGGUUCAUUGGGAACUCUAAGCAAAGCACAUUAUUGUGCUUCUAUAAGAGAAGCACAUUGGGCUCUGUUACCCCCCUCAUUUGACAUGGCAGUGAUUUAUGAACGAAUGAGUUCUUUCUGUUAUCAGACUCUAAGAAGUUAAUAAGCAGUUGUGCUCAAGGUGCAAGGCACCGAAGAAAACGAUGGAAGCCGCAAAUCAGAUGUCCGGUCCAUAGUCUAGGUGGGCAGUAUCUAUCAGUUGUUCCUGUGGUGAGAUGAUUGUGAGCUUUCCAAGCGAGUUGUUUGCACACGGAAAGAGACCAAAAGUGUGGCAGGCUGUUUGAUCUUUGAACUUUUACAUUUCCUUGGCCGAAUGUACUCUGGUUCUUGCCACGUUUAGCUCUGAAUGACAAGUAGUGUUUGGGGAAUUAAGUCAGGUUGCUGGUUUUUUGGGGGGGGGCUCUACUCAGCUGAAAGAUACCCUGGAAAAACUUGAUACUCCACUUGAAAUGAAGGCUGAAAUCCCACACCCACGUACAUUGUGCAGAAUGAGAAGGCUCACCAGGUAACUGGAAGCAAUGCUGUAAACCAAACUGGAAGGGUUCUUGAGCUUCCUUUCAGGAAAACCUUCCACGAAGUUGUGCUCAUUAAACUGAAAUAGAAAGGUCCUUUCCCAAAUGUGGACAAGAACAACUUGGACAGAUGUAAGGCCUUCUUGGCUUGGUGAUCUCCCUGCCCUGGUUCACAGAAGUAAGAAUGGGGUUUUGAAAUUGCUGCCUUGCUGCUCUAGUCUUGGAGGCCUGUCAAACACUGAUGUGAUUAUGUUGUUGACCUUCUUUUGUGUCUUGCUUAUAGAAACCAAUAGAUAAAGAACACUGGAGUUUUUAUUUUUUGGCCAUUGUAAACAAGAUCACUCCAUUUUCCAAGCUGCUUCCCAGCAACCAAUGAAGGGCUAGCAUUGUCAAGCAUAGUGCACUUUUACUUCAGGGUAACAAAUCAGUGACACACUCUGAAAUGCUGAAACCCUACCCUUAGUCCAAGGUUUCGACAAACCUUCCCAAACUUUUCAACAAAGCUGCCUAUGUACAGUAGGUUAAAGAACAUCUUUAAACUUGAUUCAGGUAGCAGUGUAGUGUAGAGGUUUUAUUUCGGAGAGAAGGGAAUUACCACACAUUAUACUUGUAUGCAGAGUACUUAACAAAUGACCUUCUACCCAAAUCAUAAAUAUGUCUAUGAUGUGCGAUUUAAAUUGGUUGGAAACUUUGGGAAAUCUCCCCCCUCAACAAAGGACAAGUUUUUUUUGUCUGGGAAGCGCAUAGUCAACUGGAGUCUUGGUUUUGUUCAGAUCUUCACAAUUUGUGCCUAUGUUUUCAAUGAUUAUUCUUCUGAUUCCGGAAGAUUUUCUUUUGAAUUAUACCAAGAUUUAUCAAGGAGCUUUGCAAGUUUCUGAGGGAAGCACUGUCUGGGUACGAAUGAGUAGGGCUGUCUAACGCUAGCCGAGAGUCCAAGUCUUACUUAAGCUUUACUGAGGACUGACUUCAGAAGAUGCUUUCCAACUUGUACCUCAGGUUUAAUACGGUCAUGCAGCGCUGAUGUCAUCUAAGUAUGGAGGUGCCUCGCAACAUAAAGUUCCACAGAUCAUCAAAAUAAAAGUGAGCAGAGGGAAUUUGUUAAACAUUUUGAAAUGUUCUGAAACUACUUCUUAACUGAAAUAAUUUAAUUGUUAAACUGUAUGUAUUAAAUCCUUGACUUGAAUAUGGAUGAAUGGCUGGCUGCAUUUUUACAAUAACUCUUUAUGAACGUAAUUAAGCGCAUGUUCUUGAGACUUGCUGUGAGUUUAAAGAAAGCUUGACCUUACACAAGUGGACGGGGAACACUGAAAAUUGUUUGGAAUUAUGUCAGUCAGACUCCUGGAUUUUCACUUUUGGUACUGGGGUCCUUACAGGAUUUUUUACUGUGUUAAAGGUGUUAAAUCUCUGCUAAGAACAUGGCACUAAACCCUCUGAUUGUUCAUUCAGUUGAGGACAAGUCCACUGACUUCGUCGGUGUGGUAAAUACUACAUUUGUGUCACCAAAACUGGGAUAUGCCCUUUAUGGUAAGGAAGGAAUCCUUACAUUUUCGGCAUUUGAUGUGUAAUCGCAGUAUGUCUAAAUUCCUGGUCCCCCAGAUUCGGGCACGCUAUGUACCCAGGAUUCUCUAAGUGUACAGGACAAAAGUUAUGUCUUAAAAGAGUGAUCCCAGUAACUUUGUCGGCCUCCCUCUAUAUUCUCGUUGCUGAGUCUCUGAUAUGCUAUUUUGUAAAGAAAUCAAGUCCACUGGACGGCUGUAGCAAGAGCCAACUUCCCUAGACAGAUACUGGUAUGUGGGUGAAGUUUAACUGUCCUCAGCCUGGUAAAGGGCCCUCACUCGUCUCCACGAUUUUAUGCAAACCGAUCUGUCGCUGCAGCUGCAGACCUACACAAACGUUUGUUUCACUAGAUGUGCUGUCGGCAGUAUUCUUUGUAUAUUUUGUAACAUAGACAGCCUUGAUUCACAAGUGAAUAAAAGCGAAGAGGAUGUUCCUAACCCCGAAAGCGUAACAUUUCCAUAAUUCGUUCUUGAUCAAACCUGAGAGAAACUAAUAUGAGAGAUUUUGUGCGUCUUGAGCUCUAUUUUCAAAACCUGACAUUAACGUAAGAAGAAAUUACAAAGAAUUACGAAGGUGUAAAGAU